UUCACCGAUGAUAAAAGAUCUGGCCUAUUGUGGAAACAUCUGUUGGCUGGAGGGAUAGCUGGUACUUGUGCUCAAACGUGCACUGCACCAUUAGAUCAUCUGAAAAUUAUAAUAUUUUAAAAACCAAGUUGGCCAUAAGUAGAACUGGCAAGUACUCUGGGAUGCUGGAUUGUGCCAGGAAGACUUGGAAGAAUGAAAGGGUUAGAGGCUUUUACAAAUGCUUUAGUCCUAAUUUUCUGAUUAUCAUACCAUAUGCCAGCAUAGCUGUUACUGUUUAUGAGGUAAUUUUUAAAGCUGGAGAUACCAACAAAGAUUCAAAAUUGGACUUUGAAGAAUUUGUGCAGUACCUUCAAGACCAUGAGAAAAAAAUGAGGCUGGCAUUUAAUAGUCUGGACACAAAUAAUGAUGGAGUAAUUGAAACUUCAAAAGUAAUUGCUGCUCUGAAAUCACUGGGUGUAAAUGCUUCUGAAGCUCAGGCAAAAAAAAUUGUACAAAGCAUUGAUAGUGAUGGGACUUUGACAGUGGACUGGAAUGAAUGGAGGAGCUACUUUUUAUUUAAUCCUGCAACAGAUAUUGAUGACAUUAUUCAUUUUUGGAAGCAUUCUACUUUUAAGAAAUGGCUUAGUUUUGAUGGUGCUAAAAUAGGAAAUCCUGAGAGAUUUACAUCUGGCUCAUUGGCUGGUGUAACUGCCCAGACCUGUGUUUACCCGUGGAGGUUCUAAAGACCAGAUUGGCUGUAAGUCAAACUAGACAGUAUUCAGGCAUGGUUGAUUGUGGCAAGAAGCUUCUGAAACAAGGUGUCAGAAAGUUUUUCAAAGGUUAUAUUCUGAACUUGGUAGGCAUUAUACCUUAUGCAGGCAUAGAUCUUGCUGUUUAUGAGGUAAGUUUAUUCUCAUAAUAGGAC